ACCCACAAGAUUAUAUUGUCUUUACAAAUAGAAAAUUAUUGCUACAGUUUAAGAAACAUUAUUGCUGAUAAGAUCUCUAUUUUCAGGUGUCUGGGUUUACAGCUGUAACAUGGCUGUCACAAUAAAAGAAUGUCUUGAGCUUCAGCUGUUGGAAAUGGAAAUGCUCUUUUCAAUGUUUCCUAAUAAAGGAGAAAUAAGCCUUCAGGACAAAAAUGCUCUUACUUAUGUGCAGAUGUACUUGAAAAAUAUAAAAGAAGGACUACCACCUCGGAUUGAAUAUUCAAUUUCUGUUGAUAUUGAUGAGCCAAAGGUAAAAGUAGACUUGCAUGUAUCCUUGCCUCACCGCUACCCUCAUUCAGCACCGCAACUAUUUGCAAGAUCAACUGCACUAGACAGACAGAAUCAACUGCAGCUCAAUAAACAUCUCACUUCUCACAUCAGUUCUUUAGAUUUAGGUGAACUGUGUGUAUGUGCGGCGGUGCAGUGGGUACGAGACAACAGUGCAUCUUAUUUCCAAAACAGUAACGUCUCUUCUGAAACUGCUCCAAAAGAAAAGGCAGUAAAAAUAAUUUUUCAUCGAAUGUGGAUCUAUAGCCAUCAUAUAUAUAGACAGGAACUGAAAAAGAAAAUCUUUGAUUGCGCAAAGCAAUUAAAUUUGACUGGUUUCUGCCUAACAGGGAAACCUGGUAUCAUCUGUGUGGAAGGGCUCAAAGAAAACUGUGAGGAGUUCUGGCAUGUUAUUAGAUAUCCUAACUGGAAACACAUUUCCUGCAAACAUGUUGAGAGUAUGGAAACUGAAGGAAAUGGGGAUAAGCUUAAUCUCUUUCAUACUUUUGAAGAUUUACAGUUCCAGGCACAUGGUGAUUAUGGACUGAGGAAUGACUAUCACAUGGAUCUUGGCCAAUUCUUAGAAUUCCUUAAACAGCAUCAAAGUGAACAUAUUUUUCAAUUAUUAUUUGGUGGUGAAGGCAAACAUUCAGACAAUUAACAGAUCAAUUGUAUAACUCGUUUUAAUUUUGCACAAUGUUACAAAUGAUUUUUUUAAGUUCAUCCAUGGAUAUACGAUUAAAAACGGAGUGAAAUUGGUAUACUGUGCUUAUAGCUAUUAUAAUAAGGGAAACUAUGUAAAGUAAGAAAAUCAUGGUGCAAGGACAGACCCUUUGCUUUUGUUUUAAAUACAUCAUAAGUAAGACCCUUCGUUUUCAGUUUAAACCAAUUUUUACUGGAAAAAAACUGGGUUUUAAAAGCAUUACUUGUUUUUUUCUGAUUUUUGACCUACUUUUGUAUCAUUCAAAUAUAUAAAAAAUAACUUGUUUUAUUAGGAAAAUACAAUACAUUGCAUGAGAUAUGUAUUACAGUAAUACAUUAGUCUGUGUGUAUAUGCAAAGCUGCCUGUUAAAGUAAGGCGAUGUAUUAGUGUAGAAGAUAUACACACAAUAAACAAACAGGCAUGCACGCAAGCUCUGAAGUGCGUGCGCAUCUGAACGUACUGAUGAAUCUCACACCCGCCACGUACACAUUUCAAGUUGUUAGCAGAUAACGGUUGAAAAAUUUAACACUAAAAUCUGUAUCAGAAUAUGUUUCAGCACACAAGGAAGUAUUCAAAAGUUUUAAAAAAUCAAAACAGGAGAAAAGGAUGAAGUUGAGAGUAUGCGCUGCAAAUGGUGUGGCCCAAUUAUUAAAUGUAAAUAUAGGCUAUUAGUUCUAAGUCUACAACAGCAAACUGUUUAUUCAAAUGAAAUAUUUUAUUUGGAGCUUAGAGAUAUAUUGUUAAACUCAGAAGUGGCAUUGUGUUUUGAGUGCUGUUUUAGUUCGGCAGCAAACCACAUUGAAUUCUGUUCA